UUCUGUCUUCCCGUCCAAAUCUGAAAAAAAUAUUGGUAUUAUUUUGCUACAAUGAUUACUCAAUAAUCUUAAUAUAGAGAUGAGUAGUUGAACAGUUGGCUUGUCCCUUCACUGUUAUUGCACCAGCAGCAGCUCACCAGCACACGACCCCAACAACAAAAUGGGUAACAGAAAAAAGGAAAGAAAACGAACUACUAACGGCUACUUUCACCUAUAUCCUCUCUCUGCAAUAUUAUAGUGAAUCAAAGUAAAGUAAAAAUGGCGUAUGAAAAUUGGUCUCAACAGACAAAGUGAAAAAACAAAAGAUAAAGAUGGUGAGGAUGAUGAUGAUGAUUCUUGGACCCACAAAUACAACCCACACAAAAAUGUUUUCCCUUUCUUCUUUCUCUAUCGUUCCUCUGCUUUCGCACUAUUCUAAAAUUUCAAAUUCUCUUUUCUCCUCUCCGCAUAUCUCGCAAAAAAAAAACAAAUUUUUUUUUACCCAUAUUGUCCUCUACCUCAAACAAUCAGCUCUUUUCUCUUCCCAAUUUUCAGGAAAAAACAAUCUUUUUUUUUUUCGCAAACCCAAUGAGCUAACCACCAUUUUCACCUCCCUUUGACCCAUUUUUCUACCCGGGUCGAUCCGGGUUGUUUCCCAAUUUGGAUCGAUUUCUUUCAUGGGUUUUGGGGGGUCAUGGGUUGCGUCAGCUCUAAGCAAGCCACAUCCCAUUCCCCGGUCCACGAUUCGUCGGUGACUGUUGACAAUGUUGAUCAUGCUUUGCAUAUUAAAGCUGGUUUUGCCCCCUUGGAGAAGAUCAAAGAGGAGCCUGAGAAAGAAGGCGAGGAUUCUGUUCGUCGAUUUUCAGGAAAAUUGAGAGGUUCUAAAAAGGGAAAUAAUGCUGAAAAAAAGGCGUCGGGUUUUAGUAUUAAAUUUGGGAGGUUAACUGAAGGUGAACAUUUGGCUGCUGGAUGGCCUGUUUGGCUGACUGCCGUUGCUGGUGAAGCCAUUGAUGGAUGGAUGCCUCUUAAAUCAAACAUGUUCCAGAAAUUAGAAAAGAUUGGACAAGGUACAUAUAGCAGUGUUUACCGAGCACGUGAUAUUGAAAAUGGUAAAAUGGUCGCCCUAAAGAAGGUGCGAUUUGACAAUUUCCAACCAGAUAGUGUCAGAUUUAUGGCCCGAGAAAUUGCAAUUCUCCGCAAACUUGACCAUCCAAACAUCAUGAAGCUUGAAGGGAUAAUCACUUCUCGGUUAUCAUGUAGCAUUUACCUUGUUUUUGAGUAUAUGGAACAUGACUUAUCUGGAUUAUUAUCAUGUCCUGACAUCAAAUUUAGUGAUUCACAGAUCAAAUGCUACAUGCAGCAGCUACUGAGCGGAUUAGAGCACUGCCAUUCACGAGGGAUAAUGCAUCGGGAUAUUAAAGUUUCCAACAUUUUGGUUAACAAUGAAGGAAUUCUGAAAAUAGCAGAUUUUGGUCUUGCAAAUUUCCUUAGUUCAAGGCACAAGCAACCACUGACCAGUCGUGUGGUUACAUUAUGGUAUCGACCUCCUGAACUUCUAUUGGGAUCAACAAGUUAUGGGGUCACCGUGGAUUUGUGGAGUGUUGGUUGCGUUUUUGCAGAACUCUUUUUCGGAAGGCCACUCCUGAAAGGGAGGACCGAGGUUGAGCAACUGCACAAAAUCUUCAAACUCUGUGGUACUCCACCUGAUGAUUACUGGAAAAGGUCUAAACUUCCACUGGCUACAAUGUUUAAGCCCAAGCAACCAUAUGACAGUACACUUCGAGAUAGAUGUAAAGAAUUACCAAAAACUGCUGUAAACCUUAUUGAAACACUUCUUUCAAUAGAUCCUCAUAAACGUGGAACUGCUUCAUCUGCUCUCAAAUCCGAGUAUUUCAAUACAAAGCCUUAUGCUUGUGACUCAUCGAGCCUGCCUAAGUACCCACCGAACAAGGAAAUUGAUGCAAAGUUCCGGGAAGAAGCGCGAAGAAAGAGAGGCAGUUCCACAGUGCAAGCAUCGGAAACUUCAAGAAAUUCAAGAAAAACCCGGAGAGCUCUUCAAGAACCAAGCAAUUUCUGCAAAGUGGUUCCAACAGAGGAAGUUGAAGCAAAUGGUCAUGGUUCUCAUAGAAAUCACGGUAGUAAUGCCUAUAUUUCUAAAGGAAGACGAGCUACCGUCUCACGGAUAUCAAUGAAACCAUUGAACGACACAGUGUCAGAGACCUCGCAGAUGACCGAUGAGUCUCAAGGAGACAGCACUAUUCUUUCUGUUCCUGUGCAAAUGCCAGAAUCGAGUGGUUUCGCAUGGGCCAAAAAAGGAAAACAGGAUUCUGCAGCCACAAGACUAUAUCCACCUCCCAAUUCAAGAAGUCAAAAAUUGAGUGCCUUCGAUCCUUCUGGUGUACUGCACGCUGGGAUUACCUUCGACUCAAACAUGCAGGAUAAUGAUGACUUUUUAAGAAGGACCCACACUUUCAAGCAUUCUAACCAUAGGAAACAUGGUCAUCAUGAACGCCCAGAUUCGUUUGACUCAUCUGAUCCGGAACUACCAAUGGAUUACGAUGGCCAACAAGGAAGGGUUGCGUUCUCGGGGCCUUUGUUAUGUCAGUCCCAGAAGUUUGAUUCCAAGCAGGAUAAUCAAAUUCGAAAAGCUGGUCAUAGGUCCCGGUUCUAUGGAGAUGUAUAAUCAGAAUGGCUAAGAGGACUACAUUAACUAUUGAACUUCGAGGUUAAUGUUCUAACAGAUCGUCAGGGAAGCUGGUGAAGAAAUCAUGCAUAAGAAUGCAAGUUCACAUCAUAUGAAAUCAAAUGGGAUAGCCAAAAUAUUGAUGCUCAAAGUGGUUUGCAAAUUUCAUUAACAGGUUUGGAGAAAACAUUAGAAUUCUCACCUAUUGCUAUCCAAACCUGAUUUUAUAAUCUCUGUUUUCUUUUUUGCUUUUCAUUUUUUUUUUCUUUUUUUCUUUUUUAGUUUGUAUUUUACACAUUUAGCUCAUUUGUUAUACAGCUUUCAUACUAUUUUUGUGUUUAUCUUGUAUAUAUCAUGGGCAUAGAGGGUAUGAUAUACUACAGAGCUUUCAACUGUUAUAUAAUCAGUUUAUUUUC